GCGACUCCCCGGCCAUGGCGCAGGCCCGCGUGCUCCUGCUCCUCUCAGGGCGCCCGGAGCCCGCGGGGUUCGCGCGGAGCGUGUGCGGCCUCCUGGGCCUGGGGCCUGGCCCGGGGCCCUGGCGGGUCUACUGCGGCCUGGAGCGGGGGCGGCUGCUGCUCUCGGACAACUCCUUCUCUGGAGCCACGGCUCAGCUCCCGCUGCAGCGCUCCCCGUUCUGCCCCUUCUCGGCCCUGGAGCAGCAGCCUCCGGGAGCUGCGGGGCCGAAGCUACCGCUGGACCGAGGGGUGGACUUGGGUGUGGCUAUCAUCCUGCAGUCCCGUGAUCAGACCGUGCUCCUGACCCGGAGGGCCGCGACCAUGCACACGGCCCCCAACCUCUGGGUCCCUCCAGGUGGACACGUGGAACUGGAUGAGGAGCUGCUGCAUGGGGGGCUUCGGGAGCUGUGGGAGGAGACUGGGCUGCAGCUGCCCCAAGGCCAGUACUCCUGGGACCUCCUGGGACUCUGGGAGUCUGCCUAUCCUCCCAUGCUGAGCCAGGGCCACCCGAGAUGUCACCAUAUCGUUCUCUACGUAUUGGUAAUUUCCCAGGAAACACAGCAGCAGCUACAGGAAAGGAUCAAACCAAACCAGGAAGAGGUCAGCGCCUAUGCCUGGCUGAAGCCAGAUGUGUUGGAGGCAGUGGCAGCCUCUGAAGAUGGAUCAGAAAUGACUGAACCUCUCCCACCAUACCUGCCACCCUUUGUUCAGGCCGUGGAGCUUCAGGGAGACGUGACCCAAAGUCUAGACCUGCCGACAUCUACCCUGCUCCGGAAUUCACUGAAUACAGAGGAGAACGAAGAGAGGGUCAGCAUGGGAACCAAAUAUGCCCUUAGCCUAUGGCUCCAGCAUCUGAAGAGGUCCUCCGAGUCUCACACACACCCCUCCCCAAAGCCAGAAUCGGAGUGAAACUCAAACCAUCAGAGGAGACGGAUGAAGGCUUCAGUUUCCAAAUACAGACACCAAGAAAGUCAAGUAGAUGAGGCACUCUCCAUUUCCCUAUGGCCAUACAUAGGAUUCACAACCUUUAUUGUCGGUGAGAACAUUGCUACAACUUUGGAAAUAUGAAAUUAAAUUAAAACAAAGGUCAUAAAAGAGGAAAGGGUGAAUUUGGGGGAAGGGGGACUGUCUCCUCCCCCCCAAAAGGUGCAGAAUGAGUUCCAUGACCAUAACUCUCUAAGACUAUGGAUCCCACUAGAAACUCAGACCCCAGGAGAGGGAGGUCUUGGGGAAUCAUCAUCAACUUAAAUAUAUAUAUUUUUCUAUUUAUACAUAUAUAUAUAUUUAUAUAUAUAUAUAUAUAUAUAAAUAGAGAACCAGGCAACAGGACAAAACCCUACCUCCUCUCCCAUCCCAAACCUCAGAGAGGCAGAGGAGGUAGAUCUCAUCUCAUCCUCAGUCAGACUGAGAAAGGAGUAGAGGCCAUCUUUGGAGUUUUUUGGUUUUUCUCAUUUAUGUACAAAAAAGCUGCAACUGAAAAUAGAGAUCUCAGGCCA